AUGAAAAUUUCCUGUCGGAUUACCGAAAUUAAGGCUACGUCCGAACGAAAUCCCGAGAUAGUUCGGUUUUUACCACCGGGCAGACGACCAUACGGGGCAAAGGCAAAUAUGACAAACAUUUUCAAACGCACAAUAAACUAUUUCGCUAUCAAUGCAAACAUCCCGGUUGCGGAAAUGAAUUUUAUCGAUCAUCGUCACUGUCCGCACACAAGAAAUCCUGUCAGCACAAACCUCAGAAUGAAAACUUCCUCAGUUCCAAGAAAUCACUGA